AUGAUGCUGUCAAGGAAGUCUGAAUCGGAUAUCAGUAGCCUUGCUCCAUCAUCACUUCAAGGUAGCCGGUUUUUGGGGAUUUUCAGGUCGUCUUUUGGGAGGAAAGGGAGCAGGAAGAGGAAUGAUAAAGGCUUGCCUGACUGUAAUGUGAUUAUGGAAGAAGGGUCCUAUGAUGAGUUUGAGGAUAAGGUGUUUACUAGGCGUUUUCAGGCCUUGAUUGCUGUGUAUAAUUUUUUUGUUUUGUUCACAGUGUUUUGCUUGAUUAUUUGGGGUGCUAGCAGGCCUUUCAAAGCUGAAAUCACAGUUAAGAAAGUGACUCUGGUAGAGCUUGGCAGUGCUCAACUUUUAUGCUGGGGAAGGUUGGGGUCCCAACAAAUGCUGACAUUGAAUGGCUUGUUGAAGCUGAGCGUAUACAAUCCUGCUACAAUAUUUGGCAUUCAUGUUAGUUCUAACCCCAUCAAUCUCAUACACUCGGAUAUUCCUAUAGCAAGUGGUCAGCUGAAGAAAUAUUAG